GCGAGUCAAAGUGAAAGGCAAUAAAGGGAAGCAAGAGCUGCACUUUGCCGACGAGCAUCGUUUGCCGUCCUGCCUCACUACAGUGAUCACUGCCCCCCUGAUCUGCACAAAAUACGCACGGACUUCUCCGAGAGAACAGGAAAAAAGGCAGAGUUCAUCAAUGUAACUCCGUCCGGCUGGAUAAGACAGAAAAGAGGAGAAAAGAGACAGAAAGAAAAAUUAAACAACAAAACAAGAGUCAAGCGCGUGUGGAGCGUGACACUGUAAGAAGGAAAACGAGAAGAAUGAUGCUCCAGCAGCACCUGAUCUUCAUCCUCUGCAGCCUGUGUGCGAACGUCUUUAAAGUGGCUGGGACAAAAAGCAAAGCGAAAGGUAGCCAGGGUCAGUUCCCCAUCACUCAGAAUGUGACGGUGGUGGAGGGGGGCACAGCCAACAUGACCUGUCGUGUGGAUUACAAUGAUAACACUUCCCUCCAGUGGUCAAAUCCUGCACAACAAACUCUGUUUUUUGGGGACAAGAAGGCACUGAGGGAUCACAGAAUCGAAUUGGUGCGAGCUUCGUCACAAGAGCUCACCAUUAGAGUCAAUGACGUCAGCCUGUCAGACGAGGGGCAGUAUACAUGUUCGCUGUUCACCAUGCCUGUCAGGACCACCAAGGCCUUCCUCAUCGUUCUGGGAGUGCCAACUCGACCAGAGAUCACAGGAUUUACCAAGCCAGCCAUGGAAGGGGACGAAAUCACCUUGACGUGCUCCACAUCAGGCAGCAAACCUGCUGCCAUCAUUCGGUGGUUCCGAAAUGACAAGGAGGUCCAAGGGACUUUGGAGGUCAACGCCACAGGAAAAUCAUUUACAGUAAGGAGUAGCCUCCAGUUCCAGGUGGACAAAGGGGAUGAUGGGGUUGCUUACACCUGCAGUGUGGAGCAUGUGUCUCUGUCCAGCCCCUAUAUGACAACUGAGGUCCUGGAGGUUCACUAUGCUCCCCAGCUGAAGAUCACACAUUCACUGAUUAUUCCACAGGAGGGACAAUACUUCAAACUGGAGUGUGUUUUCAUAGGCAAUCCAAUACCUGAGCCAGUUUUGUGGUCUAAAGAUGGAGGAGAUCUUCCAGACAUUGAGCGGAUGAUUGUUGAAGGCAGAGAACUAACCAUCACCACACUAAACAAAACAGACAACGGCACAUACCGCUGUGAGGCCAGCAACCACAUGGGGACCAGCUUUGCAGAAUAUGUUCUGUUUGUUUAUGCCAAAGAUUUUCCAGGACCUUCGGCAGAUCCUAAUGCUUUAGGACAACACGGACCCGAUCACGCUUUAAUCGGUGGAGUUGUUGCCGUCGUGGUCUUUAUCACCUUGUGUUUGAUAAUAGUUCUUGGACGAUACCUGGCUAGACAUAAAGGAACGUAUCUAACACACGAGGCUAAAGGAGCAGAGGACGCCCCAGACGCUGACACGGCUAUCAUCAACGCUGAGGGAAACCAUGUGCAUGCAGAGGAAAAGAAAGAGUACUUCAUUUAGACCUCCUGCCCUUCCUCCUACCUUUCAGCUUUCAACAAAAGACAUGCAAUUUUAAGCUGCCUCAGCGCCAGUACAUGAUCUAUUUUAUUUAGUUAUUCUUCACGUGUCCUUUUCAGAACGCUUGGAUCUGUUUGCUUCUGAGAACAUCCACUAACAAAAAAGCUUUCUCCUUUUAAAACCAACAGCUGGACUAGACAUCAGAUUUCUAGAGCCUAAACGCUGAAUUAUUUUUAUUUUACCGUUUUACUUUAUUUUGUUCUUUGCAGAUUUUUCUCUUAAACACAAGAGGAACAAAUGUUUUGCUCCAUAUCAGAACUGAUUCAGGUUUGAGCUUUUCAGUUGUUGUUUAUAACGUAAUUUCAGACACCACAGCCAUGAUCCAAACAUUAAACAGUCACAAAACAGACCAAACACUUUGAAAGAACAAAAGUAGAAGCACAAUCGAUGUGAUUGGCUCUAGAAGAAACGCUUUCCCUCUAAAACAGACACGUUCCAGUGGUUUGCUUUCAGACGUUGCUCACGCGUUUUAUUUGACACAACAAAGUCAGAGAAUUAAAGCACAAAAUCUAACAAGGAGGGAAAACGCAUGAACUGUAAUCUUGUCUCAGGAUUCAUUAUGAGUCUAAACGGUGGGAUGGAGUCAGACGUGUAAUGAAGAUUUUAGUUAUCGUAAUGGAUGAGGAACUUUAAAUUUUGUUGGCUGUUUAACAUAAAACCCAAACUGAAUGAGUGGAACUUUGCAAGGGUUCAUUUAUUUUUUGAGUUUUAUGGAACAACUAUGCUUAAUGUGUGAAUACUGCUGUAAAAUACUUUGCUAACGUGAAUAAUGGUGAACAAUAUUGUUGAAUCUUGGGAUCCCUGGCACAUUGCUUUUUUUGUAUAUUAGCAUAUAUAGUAUUUAAAGUAUUUCACGUUCUUUCUUUUUGCCUUUUACUCCAACUUGAGUCUGAUUUGCCAAAAGGCGUGUAAGUAUUUCGGUGAAAGGAAGACACACUGGUGAUCAGUCGGUGAUCAGUUUUGAUAUCAAGUCUCAUUCGUUCCUGUUUUCACACUUACGAAGAUUUUCUUCAAACAGGGAUUCUAAUGAACAUUGUAAAAUGGGAAAAAAUCUAAAUAUGUGUAUUUAUUACUAUGACUUAUUGACUUUUAUUAUAUAUUAUACUGAUUAGUAUUAUUGUUGUUAAUACUAAAGAUGUUGUCAGACAUUACCUUUUCCAUUUUUAUUUCUGUAACUUAUCAUAAAAAAAAUUCCAGAACAAGGAUCACCGUUAUGGCCUUUGAGUUUGCUGCAAAACAGUAUCGACAUGUUGAGGCAUUGGUGAAUCGGACAUCUUCUAACUGUACAUAUUCAUUGUAUCAAAGACAUUGAACCAAUGCUCAUACAUGUUAUUUUGUUAGUUCAGUACGAUGAUAUAAAUAAGUCAUUUUGUACAAAGAUUUAAUUGCUGUAAUUAAUUUGCUUUAUAAUGCAGAAUGUGUGAGAUUUGCUUUUCUUCUCCGUAUUGAAUAUUCAUUUUUAAACUAUGCCACUGUAAAAAGAUUUAAAAAAAAGAGAGCCAAAGUGCGAAUUAAAAUAUGAACAACUUGAAAA